AUGGUCCGUCCGGGGCGGGUCGCUCCGUCCCCGUUGUCUCGCGUUAGUUCCUCCCGCAGGUUCCGCCGCUCCUUUUCGCCUUUCCCGUUGCUCUCCGCUCCGGGCCCUCGGCCGAUUUCUCUCUACUUUAAAGUCGGGCGUCUUUUAUGAAUCAAAAGCAGCAGAAGCCGACGCUAUCGGGGCAGCGCUUCAAGACCAGGAAGAGAGAUGAAAAAGAGAGGUUUGACCCUACCCAGUUCCAGGACUGCAUUAUUCAAGGUUUAACUGAAACUGGCACUGACUUGGAGGCGGUAGCAAAGUUUCUCGAUGCUUCUGGUGCAAAACUUGACUAUCGCCGCUAUGCAGAAACACUUUUUGACAUCCUGGUGGCUGGCGGAAUGCUGGCCCCAGGUGGUACCCUGGCAGAUGACAUGACACGCACAGAUGUCUGUGUAUUCGCGGCACAGGAAGACCUAGAAACCAUGCAAGCAUUUGCUCAGGUUUUUAACAAGCUCAUCAGGCGUUACAAGUACCUGGAGAAAGGCUUUGAGGAUGAAGUUAAAAAGUUGCUGCUGUUCCUGAAAGGGUUCUCAGAGUCUGAGAGGAACAAACUGGCCAUGUUGACGGGUAUUCUGCUAGCCAAUGGAACACUUAAUGCAUCAAUUCUCAACAGUCUUUAUAAUGAGAACUUGGUAAAAGAAGGUGUUUCUGCAGCAUUUGCAGUCAAGCUCUUCAAAUCGUGGAUAAAUGAGAAAGACAUUAAUGCAGUUGCUGUCAGUCUUCGUAAAGUAAACAUGGAUAACAGACUAAUGGAACUCUUCCCAGCCAACAAGCAAAGCGUGGAACACUUCUCUAAGUACUUCACCGAAGCAGGACUGAAAGAACUUUCUGAGUAUGUUCGGAACCAGCAAACUAUAGGAGCUCGAAAGGAGCUGCAGAAAGAACUUCAGGAGCAGAUGUCACGGGGAGAUCCAUUUAAGGAUAUAAUCCUGUAUGUGAAGGAGGAGAUGAAGAAAAACAACAUCUCGGAACAGACUGUGAUAGCCAUAAUCUGGUCAAGUGUGAUGAGCACUGUGGAGUGGAACAAAAAGGAGGAGCUGGUAGCAGAGCAAGCCAUUAAGCACUUGAAGCAAUACAGCCCUCUACUUGCUGCCUUUACUACCCAAGGUCAGUCAGAGCUGACUCUUCUGUUGAAGAUUCAGGAGUAUUGUUAUGACAACAUUCACUUCAUGAAGGCCUUCCAGAAAAUAGUGGUGCUCUUCUACAAAGCUGAAGUUCUGAGUGAAGAACCCAUCCUGAAGUGGUAUAAAGAUGCACAUCUUGCAAAAGGAAAGAGCGUCUUCCUGGAGCAAAUGAAGAAGUUUGUCGAAUGGCUCAAGAAUGCUGAAGAAGAGUCAGAGUCUGAAGCGGAGGAGGGUGACUGACCUCUGGAACAGUGCUCAGUAAAGCAAACAGGAGCUGUAGAUAAGUGUCAUGUGUCUCAUGUGUCCUUCUGAUUCUUACAUCCUACCUCCCUGUAUCAAGCAUGAUAUAAGGGCUCUCAUGGCAAAUUUAUUUUAACUGUUUUCUAUAGUUAUUGAAAUACUGGGUUUAGUUUUUAAAACCAUGUUUUAAGUAGGUAGUUUACAGGAGCUAUAGAUUUGACUCUAACCUGCAUUUGUCUUUUCAGUUAUAUUCUACCUCCUGUAUUUUCUACUGUAAUAAUGUAAUUUAAGAAGGCCUUCCACAAUUAAAUUCAUUUUACCUCCUUGGGUUUUCUAUCUGCAUUUGAGUAGACAUGAUUUGGUAAAUGAGAUUUAUGGCAGUUCUGUUUGCAAAUUAAACUGUAAGAAGCCUCUGAUGUGACGAGGCCGUGGCUUGUGUGGUAACUUGGUGUGACACUUUAAUCCGUACUACUUGCUCCAGGUAAACUUGUUGAAUGUCCAUCUUUGUAAAAUCUGUCGUCUCUCUCCAUACUUCCAGCAUAAAGUAAUCCUAGGAUCCAGCUGUUGCGCGAGGCACCUGCCCCACUGCUGGGAGCUCCUGUGGUGGUGCUAGUGACCUCUGUAGCUAAGGUGGGGUAUGAAGAGUGGCCUCUCUGAGCCUGCUGUCACAGCUGGUGGCCCGAGUUCCUAAGGGACUGCACCACUUACUGCUCAGGCUGAUAUACAGCCAAGGAUCAGUUUGCAGCUUCUCUCCUAAGCAAACGGCGCUGUUCUGCAUGCGGCUGCCCAGCAGCUUUCUAGAGCCCUGACUGAAGCUGGUGCUCGGGCAGGGCUGUGCCUUGCCUGCGCCGUUUGUUAUGUACAGGACUGCUGGAAGGUAAGCUGAGCAAAACCUGCCCCUUACAUGGGAUUAUUUUAUGCUGGCAGUUGCUAUAUGGAACCAGAUUGUCUGUUUACCAAAACUUUGAAUUCUUGAGGGCAAUUCUCAGGACAGUGAGUACUUUAGGAAAAGAUCUGGUAAAGACGCAGUUUGCUGUUGUAAGCUCACAAACAAUGAGCAAUAGCUGAAAUACUUUUAACCUGAGUAAACCCACUAACGUGAAAAAAGAAAAUGGUGAUCACAGUGCUAUCAUCUGUUGAAUACUACGGUGAUCUUCCUUACUUUGUAACUUUUUUUUUUCCAAGCAAAUAAAGGCCAUUCUUACACGUAA